CUUAUCAUUUGAAGCCAUAGGAACCCCAUUUUUUCUUACACAAACAUGAUUUAAUGCUCCCUAAGCAUUCCACACUCAUCCACCCAACUUUUGCACAUAAGUUCUCAACAACCUUAACUAACAACCCCAAAUCUCACAUCUUUUCCUUUCCGCCCUCCUCACAAACUUCCCCACAAGCCCCAAUUGCCCACCUUCUCCAAAAAUGCAUUGCUCUCCUGCAAUGCUGUGCAUCCUCCAAGUCCAAACUGCAGCAAAUCCAUGCCUUCUCCAUAAGGCAUGGACUCCCACUCAGCAACCCAGACAUGGGCAAGCACCUCAUCUUCUCCACAGUCUCUCUCUCUGCACCAAUUUCCUAUGCCCACCAAAUAUUUUCCCAAAUAAAAAAUCCCAAUGUGUUCACAUGGAACAAUUUGAUCAGAGGCUAUGCUGAGAGUCAGAACCGACCUCCUGUCAUCCAACUUUACCACCAAAUGAAUCAAAGUUCUGUGCACCCUGACACACUCACACUUACCCUAUUCUGUUGAAGGCUGUGGCUAAGUUGAUGGAUGUUAGAGAGGGUGAGAGGAUACAUUCUGUUGUUAUUAGAAAUGGGUUUGAGUCAUUGGUGUUUGUUAAGAAUGCAUUGCUUCAUGUGUAUGCUAGUUGCGAGGACGUCUAGAGUGCACACAAGGUGUUUGAAUCAAUGUCUGAGAGAGACCUUGUGGCUUGGAAUUCUGUGAUUAACGGGUUUGCUUUAAACGGGAGACCGAACGAGGCUUUGACUGUUUUCAGAGAUAUGGGUUUGGAGGGUGUGGAGCCGGAUGGGUUCACCAUGGUUAGCUUGUUGUCUGCUUGUUCUGAGAUUGGGACUUUGGCUUUGGGUAGGAGGAUCCAUGUGUAUAUGUUGAAGGUGGGAUUGACGGAGAAUUUGCAUGCUAUGAAUGCGCUGCUGGAUCUUUAUGCAAAGUGUGGAAGCAUUAGAGAGGCGCAGAAGGUGUUUGAAGCGAUGGAUGAAAGGUUUAUGACCGGGAGAUUGUUGUGAGGGAUCGUAGUCGGUUUCACCACUUUAGAGAUGGUUCUUGUUCUUGUGGAGAUUACUGGUAACAUCUGCAGCAAGUUGUUUCAUAUUUGUCAACCUUGAACGAUAAAGAGGUGUGGCACGAGCCGCACGGCAAGGGAUGGAUGAAGCUGCCACUGAAGAUUUGCAUUUGACAUGCAAAGUUUGGACGCUUUUUGCCUGGACUUUGCAGACAUUUGCUGCCAAUCUGUGGUGCGUGGGAAAACUAUCAAUCCUGGAAAACAACGGAUGCUUUCUAGUGUGCUUUUUGGUAGCAGUCUUUUUAUGACAUUAGUUUUGUAUGUGGUCCAAUAUUUUAGUAGAUAGAGUGUUGUGUUUUUGCCCUGCAACUUGAGUUCGAAACUCCCCUUCCCCUUAAUUAAUAAUAGCAAUCGCCUUUGAUGAUGAA